CGAGCCGAAGCCAUUUGGAAGAGGAGCCAAUUUCGAAAUGUAAUAUUUUUUAAUGUAAUUGCCCCUUCCUUCUUUUAACUGCGUUCCGGAAACCAAACCGCACCUCUCUUCCGCCAUUGAUUCGUGAGAACAGCAUGUCGAGAUCUCUGGUUUCCCUUCUCCUCUUCGUCUCUCCCAUCUAAUCCUAUCUUCCAUCAUCAUCUUCCCUAACCGAUCCUGUCCGUAUCGGCCACCAAUCUUAUGCCGGAUCACCAGUUUGCGUAUGAUCGAGUGGUUUCGAUUCAUCUGCGUUCUCGCGCCGAGCAGCAUUAAAGCUUCUAGCAAUCUGGCGAGAAUCUAUUGAUCCAGGAAUGAUGAAGAAAGCCUUAGACCAAACUGUUAGAGAGCUUAAGCGGGAGGUCAACAAGAAGUUUCUGAAAGUUCCUACCAUAGAGCAGAAGACCCUUGAUGCUACAAGCAAUGAACCGUGGGGUACUCGUGGACCACUUAUGGCAGAAAUUGCACAAGCUUCCUGCAACUAUAAUGACUACCAACUUAUCAUGGCUGUGCUCUGGAAGAGGAUACAAGACACUGGAAAAAAUUGGCGUCAUGUUUACAAGGCAUUGAUUGUCCUUGAAUACUUGGUCAUUUAUGGGUCCGAACGAGUGAUUGAUGAUGUCAGGGAACGCGCUUAUCAAAUUUCGACAUUAUCGGACUUCCUUUAUACUGAUUCUAAUGGGAGGGACCAAGGGAGCAAUGUUAGAAGGAAAGCUCAGAUUCUUGUUGCACUUGUAAAUGAUAAGAAACGACUCUAUGAAGUUCGACAUAAAGCUCAGUCUUACAAGGCAAAGGUUUCUCUGCCUCCUUUGUCUUCAAGCGCCCGCUUCAUUGAUGAAGGUGGAAAUAGGGAGGAUGAUAACUACAAAGUUCGUGCUAAUGUUGCUAGCACGUACAGGUCAAAGUGUCAAAGUGUUGAUGGAUAUACAAAUAAUUCUUUUGAUGAUUAUGAUCGUCAUUCAACCAGAAUUGAUACAUCCCCGAGUUACGAAGUUGCCACCAAUGAUUCCUGGUCUACUGUUCAGAAUAAGGGCAGAAUUGCUGAGAUGGCAUCAAUGCAAAAAGCAUCUUCACCUUCAGGACUCAAAGAAACUUCUUCAAGCGGUACAAACCAAGCUCCAGAAAGUGUUGCUAGUGAAUCUGCUCAAGCUCAUGAAAAGGAAGUUGCUUCUUUAGAUGAGUUUGAUCCUCGAGGGUCUGUAUCAG